AUGAUCUGCGGGGGUUGCCGUCUAUUACUGAACACAGAUUGUUCCUUACAUUGUUACACUUGUGAUAUCAACUAUCACUAUGAAUGCUUAAAUAUAAAGAAGGAGCAGUUAGUGUUGCUUUCGAAUGAAUUUCGUUCCUCUUGGACUUGCCCUGCAUGUGUGAAUAUAACAAGACGUGUGAAGACUAACUUGCGCCCACCUGUGCGUCAUAAUCAGAUACCAUCUAUGGAACAGUCUAUGGACUUAUCGUGCGAGAUCUUGAACAAAAGUGAGGCGCACAUACCAUCAGAUUCGGUCUCCAUCGAGAAAUUUAAUGAACUGCUUAGUACUAUCAAUUUGUGGCGUAACGAUAUGAACUCUAAUAUAAUGAGUAUCAGAGAUGAAAUUAAGAAUGAUAUGAACUCUAACUUUAUGAGUAUUAGAGACGAAAUUAAAAAUACGUUAAGCGACAUCCAAUCAGAAAUUAAGUCUCUCCGAGAGGAGCAUGCCACCCUGAGACAAAAUGUUUCUAAUAUAAACAUUGAAUUAUCAUCCCUUCAAAACUCUAUUCAAUUUCAAUCUGACGAACAUGGUACUCUGAAACAAAGAGUCGAUGAAAUCGCACGUGUUGCUAGCGAAUAG